CCUUCCCUCUGCAGGCCAAGGCUGGUGACAGCCUCCAUAUAUUUAAAAAGGACGUUGGCCCCUCCUUACUCAGUUGAGCUGACAGAGACCCAACAGGCAGACUUGACCUUGGUCAGAAAGUCUUCAAGAUGCCGAACUGGGGUGGAGGAGCAAAAUGCGGAGCCUGCGAAAAGACAGUCUACCACGCGGAAGAAAUCCAGUGCAACGGAAGGAGUUUCCACAAGACCUGCUUCCUCUGCAUGGCCUGCAGGAAGGCUCUGGACAGCACCACGGUCGCAGCUCAUGAGUCGGAGAUCUACUGUAAGGUCUGCUAUGGGCGCAAGUACGGCCCCAAGGGGAUCGGGUUUGGACAAGGCGCCGGCUGCCUCAGCACAGACACGGGCGAACACCUGGGCCUCCAAUUCCAACAAUCCCCAAAGCAAGCACGUUCAGCCACCAGCAGCAACCCUUCCAAAUUCACUGCGAAGUUCGGAGAGUCAGAGAAAUGCCCUCGAUGUGGAAAGUCGGUCUAUGCUGCUGAGAAGGUGAUGGGAGGUGGCAAGCCUUGGCACAAGACCUGCUUUCGCUGCGCCAUCUGUGGGAAGAGUCUAGAGUCUACGAACGUCACUGACAAAGAUGGGGAGCUCUACUGUAAAGUUUGCUAUGCCAAAAAUUUUGGCCCAACAGGUAUUGGGUUUGGAGGCCUCACACAACAAGUGGAAAAGAAAGAGUGAAAAGUGUACCAGUUCUCGGGUCUUUCAUCAGCCUAAAACAUUUCCCAAGUGAUCCUGUCCAGAUGGAUGCCCUUCCCCAAACAUCCUUUGGUUGGUAGCUGGACAAUAUUUCUCUUCAGAAGUAACCAUAGUCUUUACACAAAGUUAGAAGAGACCUUUGGAAGAAAAUUAUUAAGAGUUUAAUCUGUAACAAGUAUUUUAUUAUUUACGCUACCUCGGAUGGGAGAGGCAAUAAAUGCUUUAUCAGUA